AUGGCUGGUCUUGCCUACCUUGCUCAUCGGCUCUACGCUAUCUCGAGCCGCCUGCCCGCCGUCAAGACCAUGGAAGAGAUCCAAGCAGCAUUCGACAAUCUCACAAAACCUCUGAGCAACAAUACGGAGCUCUUGAACUUCAUCAAAAAAAACUUCGCUGGCGCCGGUGAUGAGCUCAAGGCGGUUUCAAAGGAUUUACUGCGGCCAGACCCCAAGUUUCUAAACAAGAUCAAUGAUACCGUAAUCAAGGAGUUCGCCAACAAGGUCAUCGAUAUUUGGUCGGACCUGACGCGCAAGUACGAGAAUCCCGCGGGCAACUGCACCAACUGUCCCACCUCCUUCAUCCCACUCAACCGCACGUUCGUUGUUGCUGGUGGCCGUUUCAGAGAGGCAUACUAUUGGGACACUUACUGGUUUGGUCUCCUUUGA